GGCCGCUGGGCCUUGAGGUCAGAGGCGCCCCGAGCGGCAUGCCAUGGGGAACUGCUGCUGGACCCAGUGCUUCGGCCUCCUCCGCAAGGAAGCGGGACGGCUGCAGCGGGGAGGCGGUGGAGGGUCAAAGUAUUUUAGGACGUUCCCAACAGGCGAGCAUUUCACUAUAGAGUUUGAAAAUUUAGUAGAGAGUGAUGAAGGGGAAAGCCCAGGAAGUAGUCACAGGCCCCUUACUGAGGAAGAAAUAGCUGACUUAAGAGAGAGGCAUUAUGAUUCUAUUGCUGAAAAACAGAAAACAUUUGAUAUGAAAAUUCAAAGAGAGUUAGCCUUACAAGAAGAGAAGUUAAGACUAGAAGAAGAAGCUUUAUACGCUGCACAGCGUGAAGCAGCCAGGGCAGCAAAGCAGCGAAAGUUCUUGGAGCAAGAAAGGCAAAGGAUUAUGCAGCGAUCUCAUCAUUCCAACACUGGAGAAUAUCAAAGUUCAGGGGCAGAAGAAGACUUUGAAUCCUAUUUGAGAAAUAUAAAGUCACAAUAUGAAGUUUUUCGAAGUAGUAGACUUUCAUCAGAGGCCACAGUUUUGACACCAAACACAGAAAGUAGUUGUGACUUAAUGACCAAAACCAAAUCAACAAGUGGAAAUGAUGACAGCACAUCACUCGAUCUAGAGUGGGAAGAUGAAGAAGGAAUGAAUAGAAUGGUCCCAUUGAGAGAACGUUCCAAAACUGAAGAGGAUAUUCUACGGGCAGCAUUAAAAUAUAGCAGCAAGAAGACUGGAAGUAAUCCUACCUCAGCUUCUGAUGAUUCUAAUGGGCUGGAGUGGGAGAAUGAUUUCGUUAGCGCCGAAAUGGACAACAAUGGCAAUUCAGAAUAUUCUGGAUUUGUGAAUCCCGUUUUAGAACUGUCUGCCUCUGAGUUAAAAAAAUCGGAAGCAGAUCAGCAAGACAGAUAGGGUGAGAUCAUCUGGCCUUUUUGUCAGUCAUGACCAAAUGUUGAAAAUCUAAUAGAAUGUAUAAAUGUUUGUUCUGAGCCUUUUUGUAAGGAAGAAAGAAAUGAUGUGGUAAAUAUUCAAUAGCAAGGAAUAGGAAUGAUGGAAUCUAUCUAAAUUCAGAAUUAAGUGCAAUUUCAUCAUGAUUCUGUCAUGCUUCUGAAUAUGUUGUAAAGAAGAUUCUUGUUCAGGUACCAUUUGGACUGGAUGACCUCGGAGGUCCCUUCCAACUCUUAGAUUUUAUGAUUAAGAGCUAUCUGCUCUAAUUUAUGUGUUCCAAUUUAGUGUCUGUCAAUUGAAUUUGUUUCCUUUUAAAAAACUGGCAUUUUUGUUUUCUUUGCAUGGAUCUAAUAUUGCUUUUAAAAUUAUCUACUUAUUUCAGUAUCUGAACAUGAAAAUAAUAUAAUAUUUUAUUUGUUUUUCUCAGCAGCCAUAAAGGGAAGUAAUUAGCAGCUUCAGAUAAUGCACUAUUUCCUGAAAGUUUUUUAAGCUUUCUCUAUUUUUAUAACUUGUUUGAAUUUAAUCAUUCUAUACUAGCACAAUUAGAGUUCAGUAAACCUGACAGAGCAUUAAUAUUCAUUUCUAUCAAAUUGAUAUGAUAGCAUGUUCAUGAUAUUAUCUCUGAACAGGAUUGUUAUGAGGCCUGGAAGAGGUGGUUACCCUCAGAAUUGGACAUUUUUAAAUUGCUAAAGAUCAGACACAAAAUUGAGGAUAGAGCUUAAGUGUUCCACUUAAAAAAGAGUUACAUACUGCUACAAAGGGAGUAUUUACUUUAGAUUGUAUUUUCAAUUUCUAAGUAAGUUAUUUUUUUAAGUCUACAUUGGAUGAGUUUGGAAUAAUAUUAAAAUAAAAAGCUUGCACAAAGGACUAAAUUCUCUAUGAAUGAAUAACAUGAGAGUUCUUAAAAAGAAAUAAUACGGGUAUUUUGAAGAGUUUUUUCUUGCAUGAAAUGACAGAUUUUAUUUCGUUUUUUUUUUUUUUUUGCCUUGUUUUAUGUACGAUAAAGGAAGGUGCUCUGGGAAGUAAAGCUAGAUGAGUUGUAAGCUAUAACUGCUGCUAGGGUUCUGCAGGGUAUCCCCAAAGUCUUAGUGCAGCUUUAAUAGCUUUAAAACACCAACAAGGUCUUUGGACACCCUGCACUUUGGCCUUUCUUUUUCCCACUUUGUUAAAUGAGCAAAAUACCCUCAAAUUGGGCUGCAUUUCUUUAUUUUGCUAGGGAAUCUAGUAUAAUUUCAGUAGCUAAAUUGACAUGUAGUUUCCUUAGUAAUUUUUUUCCAUGUAACAAUGGUAAUAUACUUCCUUAACACCAUAGGAAGAUUAAGAUGCAAUAGUGAUGUAAGUUCUUGCUGUAUUUUUAAAAAUCAUAUGGCCAUUCAAAUAUUUUAACUUCUGUGAUAAGCAAGGGUAUCUGUAAAUUCGUCUCCUUUUUUAACUUGCAGAACUAAGACACUGACUGAAUAUGUAAAUAUAUUUCAUUAAAGAUGUGAUUAUUAUUAUAAGUUUUACCAUAAUUUAAGUUUGUAGCUGUGUCAUUUAAAGAUAUUUUAAAUGUAAUUUGCAUUCAUACUGCCUGUAAUAUUGCUUUUUAAAGUUUGUAUACAUCAGAUGUAUAUUUUUGUUUUGGCAUAAGCUACUGUCUAAUUUUUCUUGGCAUUUUGUCCAUAUUAUAGACUUUUUUGGCAGGAAUGGAAUCAA